GUAGUGAGUACCGAGAGCUUGCAGGGCAAAUCCUUUCUCGUUAUCACGUUAGCAUCUCUUGUUACUUAAUUUGCUCGUCACAGCAGAGAGACAAUCCGUCGUUUGAACCUUCUAAAACGAGGAAGUUACCCUUCUCUGCUGGUUGACGGUUUACUUGUAUAGUUUCAAAUCCAAGAGAGGUAAACAAUGUCUUCUUCUUCGAGUAGCAUAGAAGUGGAGAGAGCGUUCAUCGGAGCUGGUUGCAAUAGAGUCGUCAAUAACGUCUCCUGGGGCCCCUGCGGUUUAGUUGCCUUUGGCGCCCAAAACGCUGUCGCUAUUUUCUGCCCCAAGACUGCCCAGAUUUUGACCACGCUUCCUGGGCACAAGGCUCUCGUCAAUUGUACUCAGUGGCUACCGAGUUGUAAGGAUGCAUUCAAAGUUCAACAGUUGGAGAAGCAUUUUUUGCUUUCAGGGGACACUGAUGGUGUCAUCAUUGUAUGGGAAUUAUCUCUUAAAGACGGAAAGUGGAGGUAUGUGUCACAAGUACCACAAUCACAUAAGAAAGGCAUCACAUGCAUCACUGGAAUUAUGGUUUCUGGAGCUGUUUCCAUAUUUGCUUCCACUUCUUCAGAUUGUACUGUUUGUGUUUGGGAAAUGACCUUCUCUCCUGCUGUAGGAGGUGAAUGUAAACUUUCGUGUCUGGAAACUCUAUCUGUUGGUUCAAAAGCUAUAGUUGCAGUUUCGUUGGCAGAAUUGCCUGGGACUAGUACUGGUCAUUUGGUCUUAGCAAUGGGAGGAUUAGAUAACAAGGUUCAUCUUUAUUGUGGAGAGAGAACAGGGAAGUUUAUUCAUGCUUGCGAAUUGAAAGGUCACUCAGACUGGAUCCGAAGUUUGGACUUCUCAUUACCUAUUUGUACCGGGAUUGAAAUGGAUAGCCUUCUCCUUGUAAGUUCAUCUCAGGAUAGAAGCAUUCGCAUAUGGAAGAUGGCCUUGCAUAGUUCUCCAGAUAAUACUAAGGUACCAUACAGAAAAGAAGAAAUAGGCUUAACAUCGUAUAUUGAAGGUCCUGUACUUAUAGCUGGUUCUUCCUCCUAUCAAAUUUCUUUGGAAUCCCUGCUUGUUGGACAUGAAGAUUGGGUAUAUUCAGUGGAGUGGCAUCCUCCUUCAUUUUCUUCUGAUGGGGGAACUGAUUUUUAUCAACCCCUGAGCAUCUUAUCUGCAUCUAUGGACAAGACAAUGAUGGUCUGGCAACCUGAGAAAACCACUGGCAUCUGGGUGAAUGUGGUUACUGUUGGAGAACUAAGUCAUUGUGCGUUAGGUUUUUAUGGCGGCCAUUGGAGUCCAAGUGGAGAUUCAAUUUUAGCUCAUGGCUAUGGUGGAUCUUUUCAUCUUUGGAAAAAUAUUGGUGUUAACUUUGAUGAUUGGCAACCACAGAAAGUUCCAUCUGGUCACUUCGCAGCAGUGAUGGAUGCUGCAUGGGCCCGAUCUGGUGAAUAUUUGCUGUCAGUGAGCCAUGACCAGACUACACGUAUUUUUACUCCUUGGAAAAAUGAAGUUUGUCUCAGAGAUGGACAUUAUUGGCAUGAAAUAGCUCGACCACAAGUUCAUGGUCAUGAUAUUAACUGCGUUGCGGUCAUUCGGGGAAAGGGUAACCACCGGUUUGUUAGUGGAGCAGAAGAAAAAGUUGCUCGAGUAUUUGAAGCACCUCUAUCAUUUUUGAAGACACUGGCUCAUGCAACUGCUGAGAAAUUUAGUUUUCCUGAAGAUCUUCAGGAAGAGAUUCAAAUCCUGGGUGCAAAUAUGUCUGCUCUUGGGUUAUCACAGAAGCCCAUUUACAGCCACUCUGCAAAUGAUGCCCCAAAUGGAAAUGGAAAUGUUCUAGACACCCUAGAAACUAUCCCUGAUGCUGUUCCAAUUGUUUUAACAGAGCCUCCUAUUGAAGAUCAACUGUCAUGGCAUACACUAUGGCCAGAAACACAUAAGCUUUAUGGUCAUGGGAAUGAACUAUUUUCUUUAUGCUGUGAUCAUGGAGGGAGGCUUAUUGCUUCAUCAUGUAAGGCCCAAUCAGCAACAGUGGCAGAAAUAUGGCUGUGGCAAGUUGGAUCGUGGAAGGCAGUAGGGCGCUUGCAGUCUCAUAGCUUAACUGUGACACAGAUGGAAUUCUGUCAUGAUGACUCUUUACUUUUGGCUAUCUCCAGGGAUCGCCAGUUCUCGGUGUUCAGACUCACAAGGACAGGGGUAGAUGAAGUCAGUUACGAACUCAUUGCGAAGCAGGAGGCACACAAAAGAAUAAUAUGGGCAUGCUCAUGGAAUCCAUUUGGUCAUGAAUUUGCAACAGGCUCAAGGGACAAGACUGUCAAGAUCUGGUCUGUGGAAAGUGGGUCUUCAGUUAAGCAGCUCAUGACUUUACCACAAUUCAGCAGUAGUGUUACUGCCUUAUCUUGGGUUGGUUGCGAUGCUACAAGGAAUCAAGGGAUUCUUGCAGUUGGAAUGGAAAGUGGACUCAUUGAACUAUGGAGCCUUAAUGGCAGAGCUGAUGGUGAUGGCAUGGCACUGCCUGGGUUCAAUGCUGCUCUUGCAGUUAAGCUUGAUCCAUUCAUAUGCCAUGUUUCUACAGUACACCGUUUGGCAUGGAGAAACUCAGAGAAGAGUGCAGAGUGCAGCACCAUACAGCUCGCAUCUUGUGGAGCUGAUCAUUGUGUUAGAGUGUUUGACAUAAAGGUUGAUUUAAUUAAUUGUAUUAGUUAACUGCUACUGUGGUAUGAGGUAGCAAGCCAUUACCAGUUUAAUUCUGGAA